CCGUGGCAUGGGUAGCGGAGAUUUACGUCAUCUGCCCAACACGGAAAUGUAGGAGAUUUGCUAAACCUGUUGGCGCGCAACACCUAGAACCAAUGCAACAGCAAAGAUGAUCAUACAGGUCGCGCGGGCGACCGCCCGCUCUCUCCUUCCCGACGUCGCGCCCGCGAUACGACGCCAAUUCGCCACCUCGAAGCCGGCGCUCGCGAAGAAUCGUAUCUACAACCCGCCGAGAAGCGAGGACGAGUGGUCCACAUUGCUGCUCCUCUCGACGAGUUCUCGACGGCCGCUGAUCACGCUGUGGACCACGGCGGGGUGCUCUUCGUGUGCGGUUGUGCUUCCCAUGGUCAAGAGCUUGAUCGAGGACGAAGGAGUGGGUGAGAAGGAAGGGGGCGUUGGCUUUGCGGAGGUGGACGUCGAGAGCGUGUUGCUAGGUGGCGCGGCGGGACUAGCAAUGACCUACAGCAUCAACUCGAUCCCGACGCUGAUGGCGUUUGACAAGUCGGAACCACAGGUUGAGACGAGGGUCACGAAUCUGAAGGAUCUGAAGAGCAAGGACUUCUUGAGGAGCUGGAUCGAGAAGGAAGCAAGCAGGCAGGGUCACGGAGGUGCGGGCGGCAAAUUCUGGGGGCUGUUUGGAUGAAGCUGUGGAUCAGACGGCUGGAGAGGUAGUGAUUUUGGCGGGAUUGCACGCGCGGAGUCCAAGGCUUGUUGGCUCACGGUGGCUUUGUCUCUCCGGAGGACGAUCGGUCCAUUUUCAAUGGUACUGUAUGAUCAAGAAACAGAAGAAAGACAUUCCUCUGACAUGUCAUUGCGGUCGUGUUCUGCAUCCUGCGUGCAUCUAAGCCCAAAGCCCAUCUUGACCAGAGCUCUGCGGCAUACAUGUGCUUUUCCGUCCCCGUAUUUACAUCCGACUCAAACUCAAUCUUCGCCCUUAAGCUUCU